AUGGCCGCGCCGGCCCCGGGCCUCAUCAGCGUCCCAUCGUGUCCCCAGCGUGGCGCCUGGGUGGCUCAGCUGGGGGGCCUGAGCGCUCGUCAUGAAAGCCUGAUCCAGCGCGCGGGCCUGGCAGCAGGGGUCGGCGGGGAGCCCGGCGGCUGGCACGGGCAGCCUCACAGACCAGCAGCAUCGGGGGAGACCCAGGGAGCUGCUGCGCCGACAAGGAAGGCCAGGCGCAUGAGAGAAGCGGGCGCAGACCACUCCAGAUCUUGCAGCUUACCUGCCACCCGCUGCGCCACCAGGGGUUAUAGCGACGCGCCCAGCAACUCCUGCGGACUCGAAGACGAGAUGAGGCCAGGCGGCGCGGCCAUAGCGACGGCGCGGGGGCAGGAAGCGCCCGGCCAGGCAGCGCCCGCCAGCGCGCCUGCGCGAAGGCUGGCCCGGCACCGCACCGCUAUCGGCCUGCCGGGCGGCCGCCUGCGGCUGACAUGCGCACUCCGCAGGGCGGUCAGAGACCCCAUCUGGGGGAGGAACCCCAAAGGAGGAGGAGUGACCCACUUGCUCUCCAGGCUGCCCAUUCCCGACAGCCAGGUGAUCACCAUUAACCCCCAGCUUCCUGUGGAGGAGGCGGCCGAGGACUAUGCCAAGAAGCUGAGACAGGCCUUCCAAGGGGACGCCAUUCCGGUUUUUGACCUGCUGAUUCUCGGAGUGGGUCCUGACGGCCACACCUGCUCACUCUUCCCAGACCACCCCCUCCUCCAGGAGCGGGAGAAGAUCGUGGCCCCUAUCAGCGACUCCCCAAAGCCACCACCAGAGCGUGUGACCCUCACGCUUCCUGUGCUAAAUGCAGCCCGAACAGUCAUUUUUGUGGCAACCGGAGAAGGCAAGGCAGCUGUUCUGAAGCGCAUUUUGGAGGCCAAGGAGGAGAACCCCCUCCCCGCCGCCCUGGUCCAGCCCCACACGGGGAAACUUUGCUGGUUCCUGGACGAGGCCGCGGCGCGACUCCUGACUGUGCCCUUCGAGAAGCAUUCCACUUUGUAGCUGGCCCCGAGGGACACCGCAGCUGGGACCACAGACGGCCCCCGUGGGCCGGGACCUUCCUGGGCUGGGCCCCGCUGCCCCCGCCGCCGCUCCAGGCUUCAUUUUCGAAAAGCCGCGUGGUGCCGCCAGAAGCCCCCUGGGCUCCAGCCACCGGCCCGGCCCGGGGGCCCUCAGCCCACCGGCCGUGGCUCUGGGUGACCAGAUAUUAAAGGGCGCG